AUGAUCGCUGCCUUGCGUGAAGCGAGGGUGGCGAGGAUAUUGUACUGUCACUCGAAGAGUCGAAUCAAUGUCGGCGUUGUGGGCGCUGGAAUCGGAGGGCUGAUGGCCUCAAUUGCCAUAGCAAGAGCAGGAGGAUCGGUCACUGUCUUGGAGGCUGCAUUCCAGCUAGGCGAGAUAUGA